CGCACUCGGAGGGUCACACUGCCGAUUUCCCCUCCUGUUAUUUUUUUCCCCUCUAAGUCAAGUUCGGAUUGCGUUUAAAAAAGGGCGAGAGAGAGGGAUGGGGGGAGAGACCAACCGCAACGCACCUCCGGUCCCUGCCUUUGACGUGCAUCACAGCACAACAUUAAAACAACAUGAAACAAGUGCUGGGAGCGGGCGCGGGGCGCUGCCUGCUCCUGCCCGCCGCUGCCUGCUCCUGCCGGCAGGGCCGUGACGUCACCCCGCUCCUCGCCCACCGAUGAACGCUAAAGACCUAUAGAGCAGAAAAUAAUACAACAAGCAAGCUCCGUAUCUUGCAAGCCCUACGUGAUUUUCACCCCCCUCUUUGAAAAAGCCCCUUUGCACUUAAACUCUCUAUACAUGUGGGGUGGCUUUUUAAACUCUCUCUAUACAAACAUAUUUAUUAAGAGCGAUGGGAAGUGGGGGGUAGCCUAUUUUUUUAAUCCAGGCACCAAUCCCCCCCGCCUCAGAUGUCUGGCUGCUUUUCUUAAGUGCAAUCAUCUAUAAUUGAGGGAGGAAAAAAAAAAAAAAGCCAUACGUGGAAAUGUGUGUGUGAGAAGGUGCAUCCUGAAGCAGGGUUUAGUUACAAUCGAUCUUGGGGGGAAAAUAUUGCCUAUGGUCCAAAAAUAAGGAGCAACUAUGUCCUUCUCUCAGUUCGGAUACCCCUACAGCACCACUUCACAGUUUUUCGUGCCCGCCAGCCCCAGCACGACCUGCUGCGAGGCCGCACCCCGCUCCGGGCCGGAUGCCUCCUCGGCGCCGGCCGCCGCCUCGCUCUGCUGCGCCCCGUACGAGAGCCGGCUGCUGGCGCCCGGCCGCGCCGAGCUCAAUGCGGCGCUGGGCAUGUACGGAGCCCCGUACGCUGCCGGCCAGGGCUACGGCAACUACCUGCCCUACAGCGCCGAGCCCGCCGCGCUCUACACCGCGCUGAGCCCCCAGUACGAGAUCAAGGACGGUGCCGGCACGUUGCACUCGGGAAUCGCGCAGCCCGCUGCCUACUACUCCUACGAUCAUUCCUUGGGGCAGUACCAGUACGACAGGUACGGGACGGUGGAUUUCAGUGGGUCAGCCAGACGCAAAAAUGCAACGCGCGAGACGACGAGCACCCUCAAGACCUGGUUGUACGAGCACCGCAAAAACCCCUACCCCACCAAAGGAGAGAAAAUCAUGUUGGCCAUCAUCACCAAAAUGACCCUGACGCAAGUGUCCACUUGGUUUGCUAACGCCAGACGGAGGCUCAAAAAAGAAAACAAGAUGACCUGGUCUCCCAAGAACAAAGCGGGGGAAGAAAGGAAAGAAGAAACCCCGCGGGAAGAGGAGGAAUACGGCAGGGAGAGCGAAGGUAGAGAGCAGAAGAGCUGCAAGGAGGACAAGGAGAUGCGGUUCAGUGACCUGGACGACCUGGAGGAGGAAGAGGAGGAGGAGGCGGGGAAGCCGGAGAAGGACCGCUCCAGCUCCCUGCAGGAAGCCCCCAGCCUCGGCGCGGCGCUUCCCGAGGCGCCGCGGAGCGACUGCAGCCUGCCCGACCCCUUCCGCGCCCUUCCCUUCGCCAAGGCCGCCGCCGCGGACUUCGCCCCCGCCACCCCGGCCGGCCCGCUGCCGCCCUACGCGCCCGCUGAAAAGCCGCGCAUCUGGUCGCUGGCGCGCACCGCCGGGGCCAGCGCGGCGCGCAGGGGCAGCCCCGAGGGCCGCGGCGCGGAGGGGGAGCUGCCCCUGCCCGCCAAGGCCUUCCGGAGCUCUGCUUUCAACCUGCAGCCGCUCCCGCGGAGCUGCGCUUCCCACCGCGGCCUGGGGGAGUCGUGCCAAUACGCGGCGGCGGGCGAAGGCUUCGGGGAGGGGGCCAAGGGCGGCCCGGGAGGCGCCGAGUUGGGCGGGACCUGCCUGGACAGGCUGCGGACGGCGUUCCGCCCGGUGCUGCGGAGGGCCGCCCACCCCUUCUUGAGCGCUGGCGACGGGGCUCCCGCUGCAGCGAGGCUGUCGGCUUGAAACAACGAAAGAAACCUCUCCCCUUCCCGGCGAUGACCUCCCCGCCCCGCAAGCAUCGCCCGCCGCUCUGCCUUCCCUGCCAUCGCCGGGGAAACGUCCCACCGCGGCACAACGUGCUGCCCACAUGGGGGCCGGCGGGCGCGGCGGGCGGAGCUGCCGUGCCCGCGGGACCGGCGUCCCCCCGCCGCCCGUUGGCCAUUUGUUCAACACCCCUCAUUAACGGUUUUGCCAAAAAAGACUAUUACUUGCUCCCGCCCCCCGUCGUGGUUUGUUUUUUCUUUUCCUCCACUCCGCGCCUGCUCCGCCAAGGUGCGUGGGUUCGCGAUUGCUCCGCGCCGUCCCGAGGAAGGUGGAGGAGGAAGAGGAGCGGCGCAGGUUACGCCAAGCUGUUUAUUUCCCGUGGCUGUACAUAGAUCCCGCUGAAAGUAUUUUUCAGUCUCUAAUUAACACGGAUGAGCUGAUCGCCAUGAAGCCGAACCAUGACCCCGGCAGCUCUCCAACUGGGAACCAGCGCAGCCAGGCCCGUCCCGGGCACCCGCCGCCCGCCCCGGGGCACGGCCGGGGCACCCCCGGGCAGCGGGUGCCGACCGGGUGGCGACGUGGGACGUUGUUAGUGGGUCGCCGCCGUCAGUCAGUGAAAAGAGCAGUGCUGCACUUUACAGGACAGACGAGAAAAGGAAACCGUUUCUCUGCAUUAUUUCUGUUUAAUUAAAAGUGUCAUCAAACACACUGUGUUCAGACUAAUAAACCAAGCAGGGAUGAGGAAAGAAUGUUUCUUUGUUCCUGUUUCUAGAAGCAGUGGCAAUAAUUUAAAUUAAUAACUGUGGUAAUUAAGAGGUCAUCUAUAGAUCAACCCGAUAUCUGCUAUUUUCAAGUUCACCAGGGUCAACAUUUACAUUAAGUCAUUUGUGGUCAAUAGAGUCCAAUAAAUUUUGCCUUAAUAAAUCAGGGAAAUCAAUCUUGAA